UAGACUUUCUGUAGCGUGUGAAAGGGAGGGGUGCGGUGAAAGGAUCUUGUGGUCGUACCGUUAAACUGGAGAAAGUGUGUAGCUAGCUUGCUAGCUACCCGUGAGAUCUUUUCGACUACUUUGGGGAGUUGCUUCCAAAACAUUUGCUGUAGCUUGAACCAUCGAAGAUAUAUUGAAAGGAAGAAGAAGAAGCGAAUGAUCUAAACCGGAAGUGAGUUUCUUCUCCUGAUAAGAAACCAAAUGGGGAAUCUGUUAAAGGUUCUCACCUGCACAGAGCUAGAGCAGGGGCCAAACUUUUUCCUUGACUUUGAAAACGCACAGCCGACGGACUGUGAGAAGGAGGUGUGGAACCAGGUCAAUGCGGUCCUGCAGGACUCUGAGAGCAUCCUCUGCGGGCUGCAGGCCUACAAGGGAGCCGGGCAGGAGAUAAGAGAGGCCAUACAGAACCCCAAUGACAUGCUGAUGCAGGAGAGGGCCUGGAACUCAGUCUGCCCUCUGGUCAUUCGCCUCAAGAAGUUCUAUGGCUUCUCUCUCCGGCUAGAGAAAGCGCUGAAGAGCCUGCUGGAGGCGCUCACCUGUCCGACCCUCAGCCCCACCCAGCACCUGGAGAAGGAGCAGGCCCUGGCCAAGCAGUUCGCCGAGAUCCUCCACUUCACCCUGCGCUUCGACGAGCUCAAGAUGAGGAUCCCAGCCAUCCAGAACGACUUCAGCUACUACCGGCGGACCAUUAGCCGGAACAAGAUAAACAACAUGAACCUGGACAUCGAGAACGAGGUGAACAACGAGAUGGCCAACCGGAUGUCCCUGUUCUACGCCGAGGCCACGCCCAUGCUCAAGACCCUGAGCACGGCCACCACGCAGUUCGUGUCCGAGAAUAAAACUCUGCCCCUGGAGAACACCACAGACUGCCUGAGCACCAUGGCCUCGGUCUGCAAGGUGAUGCUGGAGACGCCGGAGUACACCAGCCGGUUCAACAGUGAGGACACCCUGCUGUUCUGCAUGCGGGUAAUGGUGGGGGUCAUAAUCCUGUACGACCACGUCCACCCCGCCGGCGCCUUCACAAAGUCCUCCAAAAUCGAUAUGAAGGGAUGCAUUAAAGUCCUGAAGGAUCAGCCAGCAGAAACCGUUGAAGGCCUUAUCAAUGCCCUGAAGUUCACCACGAAACACCUGAACGACGAGACGACCCCCAAAGCCGUCAGAGCGAUGCUUCAGUAACGUUUUUUUUUUUAUAUGAAGAGGAUCGGUUUCUGACCUCAAGAGAUGUACAUGUUUACAUAAUUUAAGGACUCGGUGUUAAUACUUGUGUGCAUUUACAUAGUCAUUCCCUCCAGGUUACUGAAACUUAUAGAAAAUGUACCUUUAUUCUGAAAUUAAUUGCCUAUACUCUUUGUUUGUCGAAGCACAAAUUAAUGACCUUUCAGCCUUACAAACUGAAACAUGCAAAAUUGCUUGGCGCUUGCAACUUUUGAAAUCGUUACUCCGGUUACCGCAAGUGAAAGACUGCAAGAGGCGAAAUCACUGGUUGUUCAGUGUCAUCUGAGAAGCCUAGUAGGGUAGCUGUGACCACUUGCAUACUGAGGUGUUGUUGGUGAGUUUUGGUGUUUAAAUGGUUGUUUUCUGUGAGCAGUAACUGACAAGAAAGGUGGUGUGUGCGCCACAAGAAAUAAGUGUACCAAAUGUGUGUAUGUUUUUUUUGUUGUUUUGUUUUGUUUUUUACAUUUUAAACCAUGUGGCAGCAGAAGUGGAUUUUUUGUGUGUGUAUGUGUGAGUGUGUGUUGUGCUUUGUUUUGGUUUUUUUUGUGAUAUUUCAGCGUCUAACAUAAAUGCAUUGCUUGAAAAUACAGCUUUAAAUUCAAAUAAAAAAAUGUGACAGUAAGUAUUUUUAACGUGAUAUGAAGUGGAUCAAGGUAAUAUUUCCCUCGAGGUAUCCUGUCUGCGUGUAGCAUCCUGUCUCUGUUGAAAGAAUGAGCGGCGUUUCGUGGCCUACUUUUUGGGUUUUUCAGUUUUUUUUUAUCUCCGUUCUCACACUGACAGAGUUUGAAUCUCACGCGUCGUGUUGAGACUCCUGACAAUGCCAAAGCAAGGCCCCUGCUCGAGGCAGCCAACAGGUCUGCCCGACCAUAAGAACUUUCACACGAGUGCGAGAAGUAAGACAUUUUAAGCGUUCGAUCGUCAGUUAAAAGAUACAGCGGAUCAACGUUUAAAAGCAGUUGCUAGGAUAUGCUUUUGAAAUUUUUUAUAUCUAGUUUCGUGGUUAAAGUUAAAACAAAAGUUAAACAAAUUUUGCCAGGUUUUGUAACAGCAUCACAGUUUUAAACUGCCUCAUCUCUCAAUGUUAGGGAGUAGCCUAUUCUUGAGUUCCAUCAUGCCAAUACAUACUCUAUAUUUUUUUUUUCUCAAAGUUGUACUGACUGACAUUUUGCAGCCUUGAACAGUACCCUUGAUGGCAGUUGCGAAUUUGCGUAGCUGCAGUUAGGAUGUCUUGGUUUCUCAGAUCUGGGUUGAAGCAUGCCGUUAAUAAUUAAACAUCCCGUUCAGUCAUUGAAAGUUAGCGACAGGUUUCAUUAGUCUUGUUUACCGGUUCGUAAAUAGCAGUUUUCUGAGUAAAUGUACUGGCUAAGCCUGGCACGGCUCUAUAAUCAUCUGGACGAGUUAUUCGCGUAUUAAAUGUAUUUGGGGAUAAGUAAACGUAAUGAGGUUGGGGCUUAGUGGAUAAAUGGCUUUGAGUGUCUGUGGCGAUAAUAACAGGAUGAUGAUGUCGCAGUAAGUGUGGACCUAUCGCGUUUAUGCAGGUUUAUUUUUACUGCGUGGCUGCACAUCAAAGCUACUGAAGCACGGCCGUUUGCGUGCAGUAAGUCUUCUAACCAGCCAGGCUCUUGCGCGUGUAAUUACCCUGGUGAUUUAGCCAACGUAACUUUACAUUUAUAUCGACCGGGACGUCCUGCUGGAUUGAGGCUCCGCAGCAGUGGUGUGGAAGCUCUGUGAUAUCCAGAACCGUUCGCUAAAUCGCCAGGUUUUACUCGCGUAACGAGAUCGGCCACCGCUGUUCGCUUGCAUCGAGUUCCUUGCUUUGUCUUGGCAGAAGUGAUCUCAUAGGUCAUUAAAAAAACUAUUUUCGAUGAUGUGCUCACAUACAAACAAAAAAGGAUAAUUAAAAAUGUAAGAGAAUGUAAAAGGAAAUUAAAUCUGUUUUAUGCACAGCCUGUAAGAGUUAAAUAUGUUUAAAGUUUAAAGGUAAAAGCCGUUUUUUUUUUUUUUUGGUCCCUGCCAGUGGCUGACAUGCAUCUCCACUGCGUGCUCUGGACAAGGUUUACAAAAAAUAUCUAAGAAUUGACCUGCCAUUUUUGCAGCCUGAAAAGGUGUCGUUCCUUCCAAAGCAAGCCUGAAUGCCGUAGAUAUUAUUUUUCUUUUGAUGAUCUGAGUUGUACGUGUGAAGACUUGUCAGUAUGAGAGUGUUUUUUUCACAGGACUGAAGUGCUAGCUCACACAGAUGGGGGAAACUACAUUAGGUUGAUGGAGGCUAAAUGCUAGGAUACCUGCCUUGAGCUAAACCUGUGUACUUUUAUUUAUGUGUUCUUUUUUCUUCUCAUACCAUUAUCUCCUGUUGAUAAUUGUUGACCAAAGGGGCAUUAUAUAUAGGUGGAUACCCAAGAUCUUUGUGCUUUUGUAUGCAGGAAUAUAUAUCUUGAAAUGGAAUAGUAGGGAUUACAGUAUUAACCACAAGAAAAUGGAAAAACACAAAGGAGAACAGAAAAUUGUGUAAAUGAAGUUGUUCUGAAUUUGAAAUGCCUAAAUUAUUCAAAAUAACUAAUAAAUAGAAGUGACAAUGCUGGGCUGGAUAUCAUUUGUAGUGGGAAGGGUCUUUCAGUCAAGUCGAUAUUGCUGUUGAAAAUUGUGUGUCCUUCAACUAAAUGAUGCAUUAAGUGAUGGAAAGGUUCAUGAACUGUACAUUUUUUACAGUCAUAUUUCAAAAACCACUUGUGUCUCCUGAAGUCGGCAUUGGGGCUUCACACAUCGUCCAUGUACCACUUCAUACAUUCCAGCAUUUACACACGUGUAUAGACUGAAACUAAAAAUCUACAAUUACUAUACGUUUGCUUCAUAAAUAAACAUUAGCCGUAACUAACAAAAUGUAGACAUACGCACCGUAUAUACAAUGCCCAUGAUAUUUAAUAAGACAAUUUUAGUUGUGUGUGUGUGUGUGUUUGUGCGCCCACACUAUCCUAUGUUGUGUAAUCAAUGCAUUUUUUCCAUGAUAUUAAUUUAGUAAGUUGAAAACUUGGAUCAGUGCAUAUGGUUGAACCAAAUGAAGUAAUCCCAUCAAAAAUGUUUUGUAAAAUCCCCUCCAGUGUAGCUAAGAGACGCCGCCUUUAAAAUGUGUUCAAAAUAAGCUAAUUGCAGGUUACAUUAAAUAUUAAAAAUGUUUGUUUUUAACUGAUGCUGUUCUUUAAGUAAUUUUGGAAGAAAAAAAGAUUAAAUGUUUAUCCUUGUUUUUGCUUUAUAUUGCAUAUUGAAUGGAUGUGUGAACUGAAAAUAAAAAUUGGUACAUUUCU